UAUAAGUCAGUUUGAGUCAGUUACCUUCAAAAUUCUUAUCAAUUUGCAUUUUUAUUCAAAUUUGUUACAAGACGCUCCUUUUUUACUUUAUUAAGUCCAUAUUUGAGUUCGUAACAAAAUUUGAAUACGAAAUUAUUAAAUAAACGAAGUAUCGAAGACAUUUUUAAAUUAUUUUAAAUAUAUUUUUGUAUAAGACUAUGAUUAAAUUGUUGCGAAAAUCAGUUUUAUUUUUAGCGGCUAUUGCGGCAUUGUGUUUUUCUAUUACUUUAAUUAUGUUAUGUAUUAACGCGAAGCAAGUUUCCAACGACAAGAAUACUACGGACUAUUUAAAAGUAGAAUGGUGCAAGGAAUUGCAUUGGCGGACGCCGCCCCUGCAAUUCGCAAUAGCUCUUGCGUCUUAUCCUGGUAGUGGGAACACUUGGCUUAGAUACCUUUUGCAGCAGGUCACUGGAAUUGUUACGGGUUCUGUAUAUAUGGAUUAUAAUCUGCGUAAACAUGGAUUUCCCGCUGAAAAUAUAUCCGAUGGAUCAGUACUUGUUGUGAAAACCCAUCAAUACGCACCCAGUAAUCUUGAACAAUUCGAAUCAGCCGUGUUACUUAUCAGGAAUCCAAGAGACGCUAUAUUGGCGGAAUUCAAUAGAAUCAAUAGUGGGCACACAGGCUUUGCACCGAAAUCAGCUUUCGAGAUUCCUUCACUUAAGAGAAUUGUUUGGUUUCCUUAUGUUUCAACACAGUUGAGAGACUGGGAAUAUUUUCAUAAUCUAUGGCUAACAAAAUUCCCUGGACCGGUUUACAUAGUUUUUUAUGAGGCUUUAUUGAGCGAUACGAGAAAUACACUUCAAGGAGUACUGAAUUUUUUAAAUAUCACUGUUACCGAGGAUGACAUGAAUUGCGCACUAUCGAACAAAGAAGGGCUGUACAAACGGAAGAAGAAAUACAAAGACUUCGAUCCAUUUAGUCAUGAUAUGUACAGACAGAUAGAUAUCGUAAGAAGAAGGGUAUACACUAAAAUCAUUGAGUCAACAAAAUGACACGCAAAAGAAAUGUUCUAAUUAUUAUGUCGUCACAAUAUGUCCCCACCGAGGGACUCGAAGCCUACCCAAAGUUAGGGCGACUAUGCCCUAUUUUAUCUAUUAAAUGUUUAAGCUUGUAAAAAAUAAGACAUUUUUAAAUAUGUAGGCGUUUUUAUUAAGUAGGCGACAUUCUUUUCUACAAAUUCAUAGAUUUAUAUAAUUUUUUUAAUUAUUACAAUGAUUAUUAUUUGUAGACCAUUUAUUUAAUUUCAUUUUUCUUAAAUUUAUUAUCUGUUGCCCAUGCGAUGUAAACUGUGUUCUAGGUUAUUGUUCAAACAGCAGUUGUUGUUCCUCAAUUAUUUGCAUUACCUUCCGUUAUAUCUUUUUAGUCCUGUUUAUUUUGUAUUUCAAAUAUAUAUUGCAUAUAUUAUUUGUA